AUGAAAGAGAGGACACGGUCAAUACUAAAUACCGAUUGCUACGAGUCGCCGCGCUCCCGACGGCCUUCAACCCCUCCUAGCAUUCGCGUACAAUCUCUCAUCACCGCCACACCAGAUUGGCCAAGUGCCCUUCUGGUCCUCCGUUCUCGUCCUGGCGCCCUCCAAGACCUCCCCGUUUUCGUCUGUGGGGGCGUGAACAUACAAGAAGCGUCGGGAAUCGAUACGGAGUCCUCACCUUCGCGCACCAGACAAAUCCUUCCCCCUAUUCCUGGAACCCCAAGUAUGCCGGCAUCGUUAUCGCGCAGUCCGUCACCUAAACCAGGAGGUGGAUGGGCAAGCCCGGGCCUAACUAGCCAUUAUGGGGAGACGGGCUCGAGUAGUUCUGGGAAAAGCUAUCAAGGUGUAAACGGGAGCUCCGUGACCUGGGAGUCCGCGAAAGCCAAGAGCGAGGGUGUCCAUGGUGGCUACCCAUCAUUCUCGACCCAGAACAAAGGAUUCUUCAAUCGACACAUGAGGACCCUAUCGAGUAGCUUACCCAGGUUCAACAUGGGACCAGAAAGGAGUUUUGCUGAAAAGGAGAAGCUUGGGCGCGGCCGGUGGAUGCCGAGAGAUGGGAGCAGAUUGGGAAAGUUAAGAAUUAUGGCUAGCAGGGUGAGCAGGAAGAUGAGGUUACGGAUUCUUGCAGUUCUUGGAGUGAUCCUCAUGAUCAUUCUCUUUUACACAACGCCUCUACAUUACUACUGGCGAAGAGCGAAACAUCUCGGAGGAGGGAAGAAGUUCGUCAUUAUACUUGCGGCAAAUCAAGGAGGUGGUGUGAUGGAGUGGAAGGGUCCUCGGGAGUGGGCGAUAGAGCGCGACAGCGUACGAAAUAAACGAAAGUAUGCCAACCGAUGGGGCUACGAGCUGGAAAUCGUAGACAUGAGCACAAAGAAGCGAUAUGCGCACGAGUGGAGAGAGAGCUGGGAGAAAGUUGACACAAUCCGAAAUUGUUUGAGGAAAUACCCAGAUGCUGAUUGGUUCUGGUGGUUAGAUCUCAAUACGUUCGUCAUGGAGCCAUCAUACUCCCUCCAGUCCCAUAUCUUCAACGACCUCUCGAAGAACACCUACCGCGAUAUCAACGACUACAACCCUCUCAACAUAACCCAUCCUUUCCCGUCUGAUCACCUGGACCCCGUGUCUGCAAGCCCAGUUGGCGACGGCAAGCCUGGAUCGAUAAGCUUAAUCGUUCCACAAGAUUGUGGCGGGUUCAACCUGGGUUCAUUUUUCAUAAAGCGCGGUGCUUGGACCGACCGGCUUCUUGACAUAUGGUGGGAUCCAGUUAUGUACGAACAGAAACACAUGGAGUGGGAGCACAAAGAGCAGGAUGCGCUUGAGUAUCUCUACACAAACCAACCCUGGGUCCGGCCGCAAACAGCAUUCAUCCCCCAGCGUAUGAUCAACAGUUUCCCUCCCGGAGCAUGCUCGGAGAAUGGCAACGACACACGCAUCCAUUACAAUGAGAAGGAUCGAGACUUCGCCGUCAACAUGGCGGGAUGUGAAUGGGGACGUGAUUGCUGGGGUGAGAUGUACAACUAUCGUGAGCUGAGCAACUACCUCAACCGCAAUCCCUGGGAACUGUUCAAGGAGGAAUUGGUUGCAGUAGCUUGGUUCAAGCUUACUGGGCAAAAAGUCAGGCUAUGA